AUGUUUUAUGGUGUCGUCCUUUCUCCUUCUGACUGGCUGGAGUCGAACGUGGAACGCAUCUCGAAGGACGACCUGACGGAGACGCCCACAACGGCAGACGCGCUCGAGGGUCAGCCCAAGACCAACACAAAGGCAUACACGGUGACCGACGGUACCGAGAAGGCCACGGGGUCCGACAUCGCGUACAAGCUCUCGCACCUGCUCGCCCUCGUCGUGGCCGGCGUGAUCGCCCUGCUCGCCUCCGCCGCUCUUGCCGACGGCCGGUCGGUCAUCAAGCUCAAGGACACCUCCAACCUGCCCCGCCUCACUGCACUCACGGCGACCCUGGACGGCGAAACGAUCAACCUCAAGGAUCACGGCCUCGACUACCGCGCCGACGAGCUUCUCGGGCCGCAGUACGGCGUCGGCCUGCACCACGACUCGUCGGGCUACGGCUGGGGCAAGGCGGGCGCCCGCGAGACCCUGCAGGAGUACAUCGACGAGCUCGGCCUCCUCCAGGUCAUUGCCGCCGUGCCGAGCGUCGUCGCGACCGACGGCCUCAAGCACCCGGCGCACUUCCUCCAGUGCACCGAGCUCAAGAAGGCGGGCUUCUCGGCCAUGUCCCUCGCCAUCAUCGCCGAGAAUCGGCUUAUCUGUUUUCACGGCUGA